AUGCCAGAGAUAUGGCUUGAAAAGUACCGACCCAUCAAGUUCGAGGAUGUGGUUGGCAACUCGGGGGCCGUGACGAUCCUGAGAUCCCAUGCUGCUGCAGGCACAUUCCCUCACUUGCUCCUGACUGGUCCGCCCGGCUGCGGCAAGACCACCGUGGUGCACUGCCUUGCCAGGGAGCACCUGGGCGAGCACUACGAGCAGGGCUGCAUCGAGCUGAAUGCCUCCGAUGACAGAGGCAUCGAUGUCGUGCGGGAGAAGAUCAAGGGCUUCGCGCAGCAGAAGGUUUCCCUUCCUGAAGGAAAGCUCAAGGUAAUAAUUCUGGAUGAGGCGGACAGCAUGACUCAAGCAGCACAGCAGGCCAUGCGUCGAACAAUGGAGAUCUUCAGUGAGUCGACACGCUUCGCCCUGGCGUGCAACAUAUCCUCCAAGAUUAUCGAGCCCAUCCAGUCCCGCUGCGCCAUCCUUCGCUUCAGCCGAAUCUCCGACGAGGACAUGCUCCAAAGGCUGAGGUUGGUCUUAGACAAGGAGGGCGCCCCGUACGACCAGUCGGGCCUCGAAGCUUUGGCUUUCUCUGCAGAGGGUGACAUGCGAAAUGCUCUGAACGGAGCGCAGUCGACGUUCAACGCCUUCGGCGAGAUCAACAGGGUGACCGUGUUCAGGAUGAAUGACCAGCCGCAGCCCGAGAAGGUGAAGAGCUGCCUGGAGGCCAGCCUGAAGAAGGACGCCCAGGGCACCUUCGGCCCCAUGCACGAGAUCUGGAACCAGGGCUACAGCACCACCGACAUCAUCUCCACCUUCUCGCGCGUUGCCAAGCAGAUGGAAGCUCCGGAGCAUAUCAAGUUGGAGUGGUUAAAGGAGAUCGGUCUCGCACACGCCCGUGUGACGGCGGGGGCCCAGAACCUCUUGCAGCUCGAUGCCAUGGUGUCCAAGAUCAUCUUGGCAUCCGAGAGAGGCUGA